CGAAGAGAAAAGGCUUCUUUUAAAAAAACUACUAUUGGCAUUUCUACAUGGUAGAAAUUUCACACGUCACAAAUAUCAAUUGCCUCACUAACCACAGCCUACAAAGUUUGAAGCCGCGCAAAGCAGCUCAGCUCAAAAUGUUUAAACGUAGCCUUCAUGACUGCGAAAAGUCUUCCAGCAGCACCACAUUCAUCCCUCUUCAAUUGAACCCCCCAUUACUCUGGACGAGGUGUCAGAGGAUGAUUCUCCUCGACUGCUCAAUAACAAGUAUUCCGCCACACUCCGAUACAUUACAUCGAAACAUGUUCCCAACUCCACAGAUGAUGCAUGUAAUUCAAGCUUAUAAACGCCUGCUCGUAUCCAAAGAAGAGCUCUCCAGCGUGCCAAAUAUCCCAACAAUUUUUGUAUACGACAAAGAGCUCCAAUCUCAGGGCAUGGCCGAGAGACUUCUCGCCCAAAGAUAUAUCGCCCAGAAAUGCAUCUUGAUACGAAUGCCCGGACGCUAAGGCGGUGGCCCUAUCGGAGCCGCCGGAUUCACCGAGCGC